CGAGUUUGUCAGAACCCGUCAAGACAGGCAUGUUUUAAAGCACACAGUAGUUCCAGCCAUGCACGGCUUAGCGAGAGGCGCGGGGGUUGUCACCGGGAUUGUGGCGCUGACACCAGAGACAGAAUGGAGUGAGAAGACACCGAGCACACACAGAGUGACGGAGCGCUCUCGGGAGUGAUGCCUAGCUAGCUACACCGCUUGAACGCCAACAGACCAUGAAAUUGCUGGACUCUGUGGAGGUUAAGGCCCAGAUCAAGGUGGUGCUACAGGAGCUGGAUGAUGUACUGCAUGAACUGAAGACGGUCGCCGCCGAGCUUCGCGCAAUCAUACAGCAAAUGGACGACAUCUCGGCCAGGAUAGAUCUGGAGGAGGAACUUGGGAAAUCUUCACACCUCCGCUCCAUGUCUCUGCCUCAUCCGCGAGGCCGACCAAACGGUGAAAAGACAGGCCGGUGGGGACAUUAUAAACAUAUCUCAGACAUAACCGGCGGCUGGGCGAGCCGGGACAGGUGUGAGUACCCGGAUAUACUCGCUUCUCGUUCCCAGCCCUUCACCGCCUUGCGGGAGACGCCCAUCCUGGAUUCAGAGCCGCUAUACCGGGUAGAAGAUCACGGCAAAUAUCGUCCUUACAAUACUCUAGACACCAGUCAGCUGAGAAAAAGAGAACUGGCACCAACCGAAGCCACAAAAUACCAAACAUGUCUGCCUAGCAGAGGUCGCAGAGCUUCCCCGAUAGGAGCAGAAAGCGAUAGUAAAAGUUCACUUGCGCCUCACAGAACACGGCAAGAAGCUGAUGAUCUUGUUAGCACCACAGCCAUGCAGGCUUUGACUUUGCGGAACGGACCAACGGCAACUUACUGUGUUAGCAAAAGAAGUAGCGACCCCGUGGUGUCGGAGUGCGCCCCAGACGUGCAUGGCCACACAGCACACCGGCAUGUUCUACACGGGACCACGUGCGCGCACACUUAUGGAAGUACCGGCGGCGCCCAUAGCGGCGGGGGGUGGGACAGCGACAACAGCACGCGUCUUUCAGACGGCUUAGACACGCUUUCGAGACGUACAGCGGGAGAAGACACUUUCAGCUUUGGCCACUCCACAAGAUCGUCUCUCCUGGCAUCCCACGAAAACGUGCUGCUGACGAGACAGGCGAUGUCAGGUUGUUUCAGCUGCACAGAGUCUAACACAGACUCGCAGGAAGAAGGCGGCAGCGGGUCCUGCCUGACGACCAGCAGGACCUGGCGAUGUCGUACUGUCUCAGACGCACGGCGACGUUUCUUCCGCCCCAAAGUGGAAUUAAGAAACGGUAUCGGGAUCAAGUACAACACAAUCGGCCAUGGCGCUCAGAAACGGGAUACGAGAAGAGAUUCGAUCGGAAACGGAAAGACAUGUUCCGUUCUGAUGUGCUCCAGAACGCGAGUUGUAAGCACUGGAUCCCAGACCACCGAAGACAUUUCAGACAUCUUGGCUGAAGAAAGAGUAAAGAACUACAUGAAAGAUUAUAUCAACAUUAAAGACGAAAUCACUAGAUUAUGACAAGAGAAACUUAAAGACUCAAACACAUGGAUUUGUGUAAAGAGCUGGAAGAGGUUAAAGUUUUUUCCGUUAGUUUUUUCACGACGAAGCAGCUAUAUCCACACCCAAGGCAUCUACUCGUAUCCUUAUGCAACCAGGAUCAUUAAAUUGUGUCCAAUGUAAUAUGUAAUAUGAAGCAAAAUUCAUAGGCUUAUCAAUAAAGUUUGGAUACUAGCAGCCUCAUCUCGUUGAUAAAUUACAUUUAACUCCCUGCCAUGUCUAGUCCCUGCACCAUGAAAAAUAGAUACAUUCUUUCGACCUUCACAUGGCUUGACUCCAACAGUUCCAAAGCGGAUUCACAGACUGUCGUCCUAUCUGUCUGAUUCUAACCAUCUGUUGCACGUGUUAUCGACGCUGCUGUAACGUAUUGUGCUUGGAAUUCUACAUCCCGACCGACGGCGAUGCUAUCCAUCAGCCGGGAUUGCAAGAUCGCAUUCACCACGGUUUGUUGCCCUGCGAAACGAGAGUCACGCAAUCAGGUGGUAAAUCUGCUUAGCGAGGUGUGGAGGAUCCAUCCGUCACCCUUAUACUGUUGGCAGGAUGACAUUUUUAUGUUACGCCUUGCGAUAUUGACAAAUUGCAGUUCCUUAACUUUGGUCAAAAGAAUGCAGAGGGAUUUCUUUACAGUUUGCUCGUAA